AUGAACCAGGCUCUGCGAGCUAACAACGACCAGCUCAAGCAAGACGCCGUGGUACUAGGGAUGGAUAAAGAGAAGGUGGCUGCAGAGAAGCAGGGUCUACAGGAGCAGGUCGAAAAGGCUCAAGAGGAAAUCGGUCGUCUCCUGGAAUUAAAGAUUCAGGUCGACAAGGAGCUGAUCGAGAACCAGCGUAAACAAAGUCACCUUGAGGCGCGUCUGCAGACGAUGAAAGAGCAGUUUGAUAUCGAAGUGGAGAAUGGCGUGAAACACCAGCGAGAAAUUGCAAGACUAACAGCUCAGAUCGAUGAAGAGAGGGUCCAGGUGGGGGUGCUGGAGGCGAAAUGCAACCUCUUGACGGUUGAAAAGCCCAACACCGGGAUGCGCGCGCAAGACAAACUGCGUAUUGAACGGCUUCUGAACCAGAAGAUGGAGCUUGAAGCGAUCGUUGAGGCCAACAAACUCGAUCGAAAGCGGGACGAAGAGCAGAUCUGGAACCUGCGGUCGUCUUUAGAGUCUCUAGAUGCGGAACUGCAACAUAACAAGCGCGUGUACUCGGCAGGACAACAAGCUUUUUUGCAUUCAGAACGCACCUGUGAACAAUUGCGACAACGAACUCAAGAGCUGGAGAAAAAUUACGAGAAGGCCAAGAAGAAGUGGGUGUUCUCAUUACUUCGCUUUGUUUGUAUUGAUUCACAACACUAA